AUGGCUGAUUUAACUACAUCUUUCCAAAAACUAAGUCUAACAGAUGCUGAAUCUGCAGACGCCUCAAAAUUCCCUUCUUUAACCAAUGAAGAAAAAGCUCUUGAAUCUCAAUGGUUAACUUUAUCUAAAAGAUUCCCAGAAUCAAUUGAUCAAUUAAAUGAUAAUUUAAGAUCAAAAACUUAUAUUCUUGGUAAUCAACCUUCAUCUGUUGAUGCUAUUGUCUUUACAAGAACUUUACCAAUCGCUUCUAAAUGGACUUCAAAUGAUUAUGCUUCAAAACGUCAUAUUUUACGUUGGAUUGAUUUAAUUCAAAAUACUUUAGUUGAAGUUCCUCAAGAUUCUAAAAUAAAGAUUGAUUUUUCAGUUGAAAUCCCAAGAGAAGAAAAGAAAAAGGAAAAGAAAACAGAUGCUAAAGAUGCUAAAGCUGAUACUAAAGCUACACCAGCUCCAACCGCUGAAUCAUCAGGUAAGAAAGAAAAAAAACAAAAAGGUGGUAAACCAGAUGAAGAAACUUUAAAAAAAUUAAAAGAAGAAGCUCAAAAGGCUAAAAAAGAAAAAAAAGCAAAAGCUGCUGCUGAACAAGCUGAAAAGGCAAAAGCUGAAGCUGCUCCACCAACUCCUUCAUUAAUUGAUUUAAGAAUUGGUUAUAUUCAAAAAGCUAUUAAACAUCCAGAUGCUGAUUCUUUAUACGUUUCUACAAUUGAUGCUGGUGAUGAAGAAGGUCCACGUACUGUUUGUUCAGGUUUAGUUAAACAUUUCCCAUUAGAAGCAUUACAAGGUCGUUAUGUUGUUUUAGUUGCCAAUUUAAAACCUGUUACUAUGAGAGGUAUCAAAUCUACUGCAAUGGUUUUAUGUGGUUCUGAUGAUGAACAUGUUGAAUUUGUUGAUCCUCCACAAGGUGUUAAACCUGGUGAUAAAGUCUUUUUUGAAGGUUUUAAUGGUACUCCUGAAAAAGUUUUAAAUCCAAAAAAGAAAAUUUGGGAAGCUAUUCAACCUUCUUUCUCUACUAAUGAAGCUUUAGAAGUUAUUUAUAAACAAGAAGGUAAACCUGAUGCUAAAUUGACUAAUAAUGAAGGUCAAUCAUUUAAAGUUAAAUCUAUUGCUAAUGCUAAUGUUCGUUAA